CCUUUUUUUUUUCUUUUAAAGGAAAUUGAAGUUGGUGGUGGUCGGAAAGCUAUCAUCAUAUUUGUGCCAGUUCCUCAGCUGAAAUCUUUUCAGAAAAUCCAAGUCCGGCUUGUGCGUGAAUUGGAGAAGAAGUUCAGUGGGAAGCAUGUGGUUUUUAUUGCUCAGAGGAGAAUUCUGCCUAAACCAACUCGAAAAAGCCGCACGAAAAACAAGCAGAAGCGUCCCAGAAGCCGUACUCUGACAGCUGUGCAUGAUGCGAUCCUUGAGGACUUGGUCUUCCCGAGUGAAAUUGUGGGCAAGAGGAUUCGUGUGAAGCUGGAUGGCAGCCGGCUUAUAAAAGUUCACUUGGACAAAGCACAGCAGAACAACGUGGAACACAAGGUUGAAACCUUUUCUGGUGUCUAUAAGAAGCUCACAGGCAAGGAUGUUAAUUUUGAAUUCCCAGAGUUUCAGUUGUAAACAAAAUGACUAAAUAAACUGUCGUUUACAGUA